CAUUAAAAGUGAAAUUCAUUCGACAACAUCACAUCAGGAGAAAUUUCAAGGCGUUUGAAACAGAUUUUUGUCUCCUUCUUUCUAAGAAAUGGUGCCUAGAAUGUAAUUUUAAAGAUGUGAUUAUAAUUGAUGGGUUUUUUGAUGGUUAACGGUGACUGUUUGAGCAGGCAAAAUCUAUAUGUUGUAAUUAUGGAGAACGAUCAAUUUUUUAUCUUACUCAAAGAUACAUUUGCUACAAAACAGAAAAAAUACUAUGAAAGUUCUUAUCCUUCAAAGGCAGAUGUGAAACCUUUCUUAAAAGGUGAAAUAGUAUGUGAAAAAUCAUCAACUACGGUUGAUACCUCCAAAGGUACUUUGAGACUCCAUCCUUGUGAUAAACCAAACUAUUAUCUUGAAUGUGCAAUUAGCCAUAUUGGUCCACUUACUAAGGAGGAAGCAAAACUGUUACUUUCUUUUACAUCAAACGAUGCAAGGUACAAGUAUUACUCCAGUAAAUCUUUAAACGAUGCAAAUGCAAUGAAUGUUGGAAGUAAGGUUUUUGUGAAAGUUCGAUCACCCACUGGUGGUGGUAUGCAGGAAUUACGAGGAGUAAUAAGGUAUAAAGGAACAUUUCCUGGUGAGAUUGGUACAAUGUUUGGGGUAGAGUUAGAGGAUGGAAAAGGACGGGGAACAACACAUGGGGACUUUAAAGGAAGAAAAUAUUUUCAUUGUCAGACUGAUUGUGGAUUGUUUGUAUCAUUGGAUAAACUAACAUUGCGUAAAGAAGAAGAAGGUUUGACAAACUGGGUGCAAAAUGUAGGUGCAAACUUGGUGCACGGCGUGAAGAACAAAUUAUUUCCUGAAAAAAAUGUAUCAAAUCAUGAAAAAAAUGUGUCAAAUCAUGAAAAAAAUGUAUUAAAUCAUGAAAAAAAUGUGUCAAAUCAUCAAGUAAAUGACAGAGUUUGGGUUUAUAUUGAAGAUAAACCAAAUUGUGGUACAAUAAGGUACAUUGGUAGGGUUCCUGGUGAAGACAGGAUUUCUGCUGGUGUUCAAUUGGAUCAUUCUUUUGGAAUGGGAAAUGGUGAAUAUAAUGGUCAACAAUUGUUUACAUGUGACAACAACCAUGCUCAUUUUACACCACUGAACAAUAUAAUAUCAAAAGAACAAUUUCAAGAAAUGUAUGGAGUGAAAGAUUCUUUAAAACACCAAAAAACUGUUUGUGAAACAACAGAUGAUAUUUUAAAAAUGGAGUCAGAUUUUGCGGGAGAAUCUACUGAGGAUGUGUACAAUCAUCAAAAAGAAAUUUUGAGGCAAAUAAAAAAUGAAGCAAAAAAAGAAUCAAGCAAUGAAGAAGCAUCAGUGGAAGAAUUACAACAAUCUCAAUCUAAUCAUGUUUCAAACAAUGUAAACUAUGAGAACGCAUACCAAGUCCCAGAAGGAAUAGCUAGUGUUCCAUUACAAAGUACAUUUGAAAUUGGUACAAUGGUGGAAGUUUUGAGCAGUCAUGCAAAACCAAAAUAUGGAAUUAUUCGAUGGCUAGUUGUUCCAAAUACUGAAAAAAAGGUUGCAGGAUUGGAACUUGAUGAAGACGUGGAUGCUGGAUCAGAUGGAACUUUUCAGGGCAAAAGAUAUUUCACGUGUAAGAAUGGGCGAGCUUUGUUUGUUCAUCUUCAUAAUUGUCAGCUUGAUUCAAGAUUCCUGGAGAAGCCUAUUAAAAACCCAGCCAACAGGCGAUUGACAGGAACAGAGUUUGGUGGUUACGAUUCACCAAUAAUACCAGAAGAUGAAUUCAUUCCACCACCAGAAACAAUCAAUAUUUAUGUUAAAGAAAGAGUCAGAGGCAUUCAAGGACACCAUAAUUCAUGUUACCUUGAUGCAACUUUAUUUGCUGCGUUUUCAUUUUCUUCCGUUCUUGAUUUUAUAUUACUACGACCAAAAGACGAGAAUGAUAUAAAAGAUUAUGAGAGAGUACAAACAGUUCUAAGAAAUCAUAUUGUGUAUCCUCUAAGAACAAAUGGAUUUGUUCGUGCUGAUCGCGUUAUGGAACUUAGACAACUCUUGGAUCGUUUAGGAACUGUGGCAGGAUUAAUGGGAGAGGAAAAGGACCCUGAAGAAUUUUUAAGCACUCUUUUGAAUCAAGUGUUGAAAUCAGAACCUUUGCUGAAAAUCAAAUUUGGAAGUGAAAUACGACAUGAAUAUAUUUAUCAAGUUUUGGCAGAUAAAGAUGUUGAACGCGUUUUACCUUCAGUUGAAGAACUUCUCAAAAAAUCUUUUCAUCAAUCUGGUUUGAAACUGACCGAGAUACCGUCAUGUUUAAUCGUACAAAUGCCUCGUUUUGGUAAACAAUUCAAGAUGUACGACCGUAUUUUACCAUCGUUGACCAUCAACAUUGGCGAGUUAGUAGAAAAUUCUCCUCAAGACUGCGCUGUCUGUGGUGUAUUAGCAAGAUUUCAUUGCUCUGAGUGUUUUACAGUAAAUGGUAGUGAUCAAGACUCUUCAGGAAACUUUUGUAACGAUUGUAACAUACGUGUACAUUCUCAUAUCAAACGAAAAGAACACAAGCGUCAACCUUUGGUUGUACCUCGUGAAAUUUCACCUAGUUACGCAAAUAAAGCCAUAGAACAUCGUGAAAUGGAAUUAUUUGCUGUGAUCUGUAUCAACACAAGUCACUAUGUAACGUUUGUUAAAUGCGAUGAGCCUAAUGGUGUAGUUAGAUGGUGUUUCUUUGACAGCAUGGCCGACAGGAUUGGUACAAAAGAAGGUUAUAAUGUUCCAUCUGUAACAGAAUGUCCCGAAAUAACAGAAUGGUUGUCUUCAGAAAAGAAAAAUCGAGAUCGCAUCAUUAACACUUCUGACAAGGAAAUGCCUGACAGAGUACGUAGGAUCUUAAGUGAUGCAUACGUUUGUUUGUAUCAAAGCAAAGAGAUAGCAAUGUACAAAUGAGGAUAAAGCAAAGAAAGCUAAAUGGUUCAUAGUUUUUCAAAAAUGACACUUAUACAGUGAUUUCUUGCCUUUAUUUUUGUUCUGUUAAUUUUUUCACGGCUUCAAUAAGUCCAUGUUUUUGUUUUAACAUUUAUGGGCGUUUUAAACGUUUCUUCUUCUUUGAGUUUGUUUUUAACUAGCACUUUAACUUGAUUGUCAUUAUAUUUAUUAAAGCCAAUACUGUGUUCACGUUCAGGUGAUGGAACAAGAGAUUUUUGUGAUAUCUUAUGGUGGACUAUACAAUACAAUGCUAUAUCUAUUUAUCCUUAAUAGUACAUAUUAUUCCACACAAGUACAUUCAUGGACAUACGUAUCAUUUUUUGCUGGGGGUGAAAUCCCAAAUGAGACCUACUCGUUGCCUUUACAAAAACUGAACCUUAGCAAAACCAAACAUAGUUUUUAGUCAUGAACCUCAAGCGAUGUUAAAUAUCGCGUUUUGCUAAAGUAAUUCUUGUGUAAAUCAAAUUUCUUUUUAUAAAAUCAAAUUUCUUCGUAUAAA